AUGCUAUCUCUUGGUCGUGACACGAUUCUUGAGUGGGAUCUUACUGAACAGGUUUUAUAUGAGUGUGGAGGGAGCUCCGUAUUUCCGAGCUUACGGUAUCUUCACGUUUGGGCUGAAGAAAGAGCUUUGCAGGCCUUAAUUCCCUUGCUCAAAAACCUCCAAGGAGUACAUCUGCAAUCGACUAAUAGCCCUACUGGUAUUGAUGAUGUUGCUGUUAGUUCUGUCCUCAGCCUAUUAUCCCUAUGCCGGCGUCUUGAGGAUAUAUAUUUCGACACUGAUAGGGAAACAACCAUCUUAUCCAAGUCAUUUCGUGAUAUAGCAUCUGGCUGCCCCUUCCUUCGAAGACUUGAAAUUGGGGAAGAUUGCGAGUCGUGUGCUGGAUUCAACGACGAACUGAUAGCAGCAAUUGCACCACAAUGGAACUCGCUGGUUGUGCUUUGCUUGCCGUUUGUCAGCGAAUUGUCUCCCAGCUCUCUAGCCUGCCUAUCUCGCCACUGCCCUCGCCUCCAAGAACUUCGAAUUAUAUACGGUUUCGAAUUCAUUGAUGAGCCGGACCCCUCUAGCGGCUUAGUGCAUUUUCCUCAUCUAGAAAUCCUUCACAUCGGUUCGCCACCGCCUGGAAACAUUUGCCAAAGAGAUCCCACAACUGCUGCCAAUGCAAUGGUUCAACUCAUCGAUCGUCGGUACCCUGCUCUGAAAAGAUUCAUCUGCGAGGAUUUGCAUUUGCAUCCGGCUUGUCACAUAUUCUACCGUGUCAUCGACCAGCAUUUGGCCACUACUCGACCUCCUUUCCACCUUUAUUGGGAAUAUCCCGGAUCAAUUAUAACGAAGUUGGGUUCAGAGAUUGUUGGACAUUAA